CUAGAUUUUACAGCGGAAUUGGUGUUCAGGGGAAUUUUCACAAGAAGGAACAAUCGCGUUUGAACAAGCCAAAAGACUAUGAGAGAGAAAAAGACACCCAAGUCAUUAUACGGUGAUGGAAUCUCUUGUGCCCUGAAUGAAAUAGAAAGGUAUUUCACUCAUCAGUUCAUUCGUGGUCGCUGCAGUGUCAUCAAGUGGCAAAGAAUUGCGCUUUUUUCGCCGGUGUCGAAGAAAAAUGCAAAGUGAGAUGAAGCAAAAGACAUGAUCAAUCUGCAAGUUGUGUUCUUGUUCAUCUCAUUAACACUAUCAAUUGUGCGGGUAGCACCUGCCAAUCAUCCGCCAAAAUGCUACCUUCGUCUCGAGGAAGCUCUCGAUGAGAUGUUGUACAAAUCACAGGCGAGAUCCCAGUCACGAUCCUUCAUUGAUCUGUCCACCUACACCAUUACGCAGCCGCUGAAUUAUCAGUAUCCCUUGCAGUUUAACUCUCGUGAACGUCAGAAUCCAGACAGGAGACUUUCCAAUGCCCUAAACAGCCUUCAGCCCACCAGUGUUGAUGUGUCCAAUGUUAAAUUCAGGAUCCCAAAGAAUGUUAAAUGGGUGCGAGUUGAGAAAUGUCACCUGAAUAUGAACAAUCGAACUCUGGAUACUAGGCUCGCUUUUCCUGAUCUAACUAUAUACGGACGAGUAACACUGAGGCCGGUAGGUGGUCAUUGUGACAUGAUUCUGCGUCUACGUCGCGUUGGAAUUGACUUUCAGACCUCAGUGCUGCCCAAUCAGAGCUUUGAGAAGAGUGAAUCAAGAUCGGUAAAUGUCAGAACCGAUUCUUACUUCGCAGAACCGGGAUUUAUGUCUAUCUUUGCACAUGGAUGUGAAGGCCCUACUGAUGUAAAGUUCCGCCGUGUAAACUCAAAAAUGCAAUUAUUUAGACCAGAUGGAAAUCGACGUAGAGGUCAUGAUCUCAAUCUUGAACACCGGUUGGACAAUAAUUUGGAUGGUAGAACGUUUUCGUUCUACGAUGACCUACGAAGGAGAAGGAUCAAGCAGCAAGCAAUGUGGCAACAUAUCCAACAAACGGAAACUUCGGAAGAGAUUGCAAAUGCUUUUCUCAAAGAGGUUGAGCAUCUAUUUUCCAAAGGGGUGCAGGGGAUCUUAACAUCGUACAUUCAGCGAAUGCUUCAGCCUGCAAUCAAGAACACUUUAAUGGAGGGAAUGGGAUACACUCUGUCCUAUGGCUAAAGACUAUUUUGUCAAACUUUCUUUUUUAUUUAAUACUCUUUCCAAUGAAAUACAUUGAAAUUGUACUCCA